UUCUUCCCGGCAGCCCUAGCGCCAAUCCGGAGCUCCUCAAGAUGGCGGCCGACAGUGAGCCCGAGUCUGAGGUAUUUGAGAUCACCGACUUCACCACUGCCUCGGAAUGGGAAAGGUUUAUUUCCAAAGUUGAAGAAGUCUUGAAUGACUGGAAACUGAUUGGAAACUCUUUGGGAAAGCCACUUGAAAAGGGUAUAUUUACUUCUGGCACAUGGGAAGAGAAAUCAGAUGAAAUUUCCUUUGCUGACUUCAAGUUCUCAGUCACUCAUCAUUAUCUUGUACAAGAGUUCACUGAUAAAGAAGGAAAAGAUGAAUUAUUAGAAGAUGUCAUUCCACAAUCUAUGCAAGAUUUGCUAUGUAUGAAUAAUGACUUUCCUCCAAGAGCACAUUGCUUGGUAAGAUGGUAUGGGCUGCGUGAGUUCCUAGUGAUUGCCCCUGCUGCACACAGUGAUGCUGUUCUCAGUGAGUCGAAGUGCAACCUUCUUCUGAGUUCUGUUUCUAUUGCUUUGGGAAACACUGGCUGCCAGGUGCCACUCUUUGUGCAGAUUCAUCACAAAUGGCGAAGAAUGUAUGUGGGAGAAUGUCAAGGACCUGGUGUCCGUACUGAUUUUGAAAUGGUUCAUCUUCGAAAAGUGCCAAAUCAGUACACUCAUUUAUCAGGUCUGCUGGAUAUCUUCAAAUCAAAGAUUGGAUGUCCUUUAACUCCAUUGCCUCCAGUUAGUAUUGCUAUUCGAUUUACCUAUGUACUUCAGGAUUGGCAGCAGUAUUUUUGGCCUCAGCAACCUCCAGAUAUAGAUGCCCUUGUAGGAGGAGAAGUUGGAGGCCUGGAGUUUGGCAAGUUACCAUUUGGUGCCUGUGAGGAUCCUAUUAGUGAACUCCAUUUAGCAACUACAUGGCCUCAUCUAACCGAGGGGAUCAUAGUGGAUAAUGAUGUUUAUUCUGAUUUGGAUCCUCUUCAAGCUCCCCAUUGGUCUGUUAGGGUGAGAAAAGCUGAUAAUCCUCAGUGUUUGCUAGGUGAUUUUGUCACUGAAUUUUUUAAAAUCUGCCGUCGAAAGGAGUCAACUGAUGAGAUUCUUGGACGAUCCACAUUUGAGGAAGAAGGAAGAGAAGUUGCUGAUAUAAGUCAUGCUUUGUCAAAGUUGACAGAACCAGCACCAGUUCCAAUUCAUAAAUUAUCAGUAUCAAAUAUGGUACACACUGCAAAGAAGAAAAUACGAAAACACAGAGGAGUAGAAGAGUCACCACUGAAUAAUGAUGUCCUCAAUACUAUUCUCCUGUUCUUAUUCCCUGACGCUGCUUCUGAGAGACCAUUAGAUGGAACUACUACUUCAACAGAUAAUAAUCCUGCAUCAGAGAGUGAGGACUAUAAUCUCUACAAUCAAUUCAAAUCUGCACCAUCUGACAGUUUAACAUACAAAUUGGCUUUGUGUCUUUGUAUGAUUAAUUUUUACCAUGGAGGAUUGAAAGGAGUGGCACACCUCUGGCAGGAAUUUGUUCUUGAAAUGCGUUUCAGAUGGGAAAACAACUUUCUGAUUCCAGGAUUAGCAAGUGGACCCCCAGAUCUAAGGUGUUGUUUACUGCACCAGAAACUACAGAUGUUAAAUUGUUGUAUUGAAAGAAAGAAGGCACGUGAUGAGGGGAAAAAGACAAGUACUUCAGAUAAUGUCACUAAUACUUAUCCAGGGGAUGCUGGAAAAACUGGAGACCAGUUGGGGCCAGAUAAUCUGAAAGAUACAGAUAAGGAAAAAGGAGAGGUGGGAAAAUCUUGGGAUUCCUGGAGUGACAGCGAAGAAGAAUUUUUUGAAUGCCUAAGUGAUACUGAAGAACUUAAAGGAAAUGGACAAGAGAGUGGCAAGAAAGGAGGACCUAAGGAGACAGCAAAUUUAAAGCCAGAAGGACGCCUUUAUCAGCAUGGGAAUCUUAUGCUGCUACACAAUGGAGAACCUCUCUACAUUCCAAUAACCCAGGAACCAGCACCUAUGACAGAAGAUCUGCUAGAAGAGCAGUCUGAGGUUUUAGCUAAAUUAGGUACAUCGGCAGAAGGGGCUCACCUUCGAGCACGCAUGCAGAGUGCCUGUCUGCUCUCAGAUAUGGAGUCUUUUAAGGCUGCUAAUCCAGGUUGUUGUCUGGAAGAUUUUGUGAGGUGGUAUUCACCCCGGGAUUAUAUUGAAGAGGAGGUGAUUGAUGAAAAGGGCAACAUGGUGCUGAAAGGAGAGCUGAGUGCCCGAAUGAAGAUUCCAAGCAACAUGUGGGUAGAAGCCUGGGAAACAGCUAAGCCAAUUCCUGCUAGAAGGCAAAGGAGACUCUUUGACGAUACACGGGAAGCAGAAAAGGUGCUGCACUAUCUGGCAAUCCAGAAACCUGCAGACCUUGCUCGGCACCUGUUACCUUGUGUGGUUCAUGCAGCUGUCCUCAAGGUAAAGGAAGAAGAAACUCUGGAAAACAUUUCUUCAGUUAAGAAGAUUAUAAAGCAGAUAAUAUCCCAUUCCAGUAAAGUUUUGCACUUCCCCAGUCCAGAAGACAAGAAAUUGGAAGAAAUCAUCCACCAGAUUACUAAUGUGGAAGCUCUAAUUGCUAGAGCCCGGUCACUGAAAGCCAAGUUUGGAACUGAGAAAUGUGAACAGGAGGAGGAAAAGGAAGAUCUUGAAAGGUUUGUGAGUUGCCUGCUGGAGCAGCCUGAAGUGUUAGUCACCGGUGCAGGAAGAGGACAUGCUGGCAGGAUCAUUCACAAAUUGUUUGUGAAUGCUCAGAGGGCUGCAGCCAUGGCUCCACCAGAAGAGGAACUGAAGAGGCUGGGCUCCCCGGAGGAAAGACGGCAGAACUUGGUGUCAGACUUCCCACCCCCUGCUGGCCGGGAAUUCAUCCUGCGCACCACGGUGCCGCGCCCUGCUCCCUACUCCAAAGCUCUGCCUCAGCGAAUGUACAGUGUUCUCACCAAAGAGGACUUUAGACUCGCAGGUGCCUUUUCAUCAGAUACCUCCUUCUUCUAAUUCUUCUGGUGUUACCUCGUUGGUGGCUUCCGAGACAGUGCUGCCUCUUCUGCGAGAGGGUGGGUGUGCCAGGGAGAACCUGUGCGGUCACGCUGAGGGCCCCGUGCAGUGGAGUGAUCAGGAAUCAAACCAGCAUCUGAGAGACUUGCCAGCCCCGAGCUUAUCUCUGUUUCUCAUCUCUGUUUCUCGGUGGAGGCAGAGAAAACGGGCUCGCGCUAUUGAGAGAUUUCUGCCCUGAAGAGACGGCCUUUGUAAAUGGGGUGGGAGGUAGGGGGUGGGGACACAGAACAGCGAAGCUCUCUGUACUCACUCUGGCAGGAUAAUGUUCAUUCUAGUCUUUCCUGUGACUGUCCUCCAGGCUACUGCCUGCAUUCAUAGUCUGUGUAAACACUUAAUGGUUGUGUUUAUUAGUAUCAAGUAUGCAAAAUAGAGUAUCUGUUAACUCUAAUUUCUGGAUAUUUUGGUGGUAGCUUCUAGUCCCAGAAUCUGUGUUUUUAAAAUGCUACAUGACACUCUGUUUAUUCAAUCACCUGGUGGUCAUCUUUAUUAUACUAAUUAACUUUUCAUGAGCAUUUUGAAUAUUCUAGGAGGAAGCCUAGAAUUUCAGUUUCUCUUUUUCCAUGUAAGUGUAACCUAGAUGUAUUCUUUCUGAUAAAACUGUAAAAUGUCCUGGCAAAUUAGUUUUAUAUAUCUUGUAAGAUUUGUUUUCUCUUAUUUGUUUUCCUUUUGGUCACCAUGUAGCUUAUCAGCCGGCAAAUGUUCGCUCUCCCCUUGUCUUGCCGAGCAGCAUGCGUCCCUUCGCGUGGGUGCUGGCUGGGCACUGUCUGAAUGGAGUCGAGAGGAACACGUGCUACAGAUACAGUCUCAGUACAUAGAGAUUAUCAUGCAAUUAGUAUAGUUUGGUAUAUGUGCUAAUGCAGUGAGUAGAGGAUUAUUUUAAUGUCCUAUUUUGCUUUUGUAUUUUAGUUGAAAAUAAUCUGUGGGGAUGUGUAACACCCAGUGUGGGGAUAACCACCAUGUUUCUAGUUAUGUGAACAUCAGGAUGUAUUAAGCUGUUUUGCUAUAUGGCCUCUGUUUGCUGAUCUGAAGUUAUUUUUAGGCCUUACAGUACCCACUUCAAUCCAAAGUAAAAAAUGGUUAUACUGAAGUAGAAACUUGCCUGUGUAACUCUAAGGAAUUGAUAGAGCUGUGCAAACCCUGUGUUAUGUUAUUUUUGUAAAAAUUUUAAAAAUGUGUGUAUAUAGUAAGUGUGUGUACACACAGGCGUCUGUGUGUGCGUAUGAAGUCGGAGCCCUGGCUGACGGCCGCCAGCCUCACGGGAUCUCCUCUGCGCGGCCGGACUCUGUCGCCACGGCCAGCCGUGCGGACGGGCCUGGGGACAGCACCGGACCAAGUAGAAGACGUUUCUUUCAAGGACAGAGUUUGCUUUCUAAUGAGGAAGUUCAUAACAAAGAAAAAUUCUACAAAAGGAAAAGUCAGACUUUAAAAAGGCGUUGUGAGUCUAAUAAAAAGGAGAGUGCUGC